AUGGCAUCUCGUGCUCCUUACGUUGUCCCGGCGCUGAAGAAGCACACCGCCACGGUGAUCAUGGCCCAUGGGCUGGGCGAUAGUGGUGCUGGAUGGAUGGCACUCGCUCAGAAUUGGCGCCGUCGUGGCAUGUUUGACGAAGUGGCCUUUAUCUUUCCCAAUGCUCCCAUGAUUCCCAUCACAGUGAACUUCGGAAUGACCAUGCCUGGGUGGUAUGAUAUUGCUAAACUCGGUCGUGAUCUGGAUUUCGAAGAAGCUCUCAACCACCAAGACGAGCCCGGUAUCCUUCGGUCUCGCGACUACUUCAAUACUCUGAUCAAGGAACAGAUUGACAAGGGGAUAAGUCCCUCCCGUAUUGUACUCGGUGGAUUCUCGCAGGGCGGUGCGAUUGAUCGCAUCAAGAACUACAUCCCAGAGGACUGGCCGAACAAGAGGACGCCUUUCUUCUUGGGACAUGGCUUGGAGGAUGAGGUGGUGAAAUAUGAUUUCGGCAAAAAGUCGGCGAAGACAUUGACCGAUAUGGGAUUGGAGGAUGUCCAAUUCGAAUCUUAUGCUAACCUGGGCCACUCUGCGGAUCCCUUAGAAAUCGAAGAUCUUGAAAAAUUCCUUCAAAAGGCUAUUCCUCCCCAGGGUGAUCGUCAGGAUUCCGCCGGAUUAUGA